AACUACUCAGCUACGACGACGACGACCCCAUUUUGUAAGGGGCAAGGUGCUUCGGAAGCUGACUAAAUGAGGAGUUUGUCAUGCUUGAAGGGCGGUGUACAUGGGCCGUGAAGAUACUGCCGUAUCCUCAUUAAGGCAUUAAUGUGUCGCGGCUACAGAACGCGCGCCUUCCCAAAUCUGCGCUGAGCUCUUUCUCUUCUGCUUUAUUCCAUUGCCAAUUCUCUAGUCAACCUUAGUAUUCAUACAGAAAGGUCGGCAGUUUGUGGUAUCUUGGUUUUUCUGCAACUCAAUAUAGGCCUAGUAAUACUUUUCUGGCCCGUUCUCACCAAAUCCUGUGAAAAGCAAAAGUUCUCAUUCGAAUGUCGUUCUUCGGUUCUGUCGGCACUACGUCGACAACAGCGGGCCAAACAAAUACCACCGGCGAUAUAUCUAAAGAUAUCGCUCUCAAUUCGCCUCCUGAAGAUAGCAUUUCUGAUCUUCAGUUUUCCCCCGCCAGUGAACAUCUUGCGGUAGCUUCUUGGGACAAGAAAGUCCGCAUUUAUGAGAUCAAUGAUCAGGGACAGAGUGAAGGGAAAGCUCUCUUUGAGCAUGAAGCACCAGUUUUAAGCUGCUGCUGGGCACCGGAUGGAACUAAAGUAGUAGGCGCUGGUGCCGAUAAGGCUGCACGCAUGCUCGAUCUUGCUGCAAAUGCUACCACCCCCGUCCAGGUCGCAGCCCACGAUGCUCCGAUCAAAUGCUGCCAGAUGAUUUCGAACCCUGCUGGAGGCACGCCCCUCUUAGUGACCGGCUCAUGGGACAAGACAGUCAAAUACUGGGAUCUACGGCAAUCGACCCCGAUCGCCACGGUAGAAUGUCAGGAGCGUGUCUACACCAUGGAUGUCAAGAACAAACUGCUAGUGGUUGGAACUGCCGACCGAUACAUCAACAUCAUCAAUCUUGACAAUCCCACCAAAUUCUACAAAACUAUGCAAUCCCCUCUCAAGUGGCAGACGCGAGUAGUCAGCUGCUUCACAGAUGCCACAGGUUUUGCUGUUGGCAGUAUUGAAGGCCGCUGUGCUAUUCAGUACGUGGAGGACAAAGACUCUAGCUCGAACUUCAGCUUCAAGUGUCAUCGAGAGACACCGCCAAACCAACGCGACAUCAAUAACAUCUAUUCCGUCAAUGCUAUUUCUUUCCACCCGGUUCAUGGCACGUUUAGCACCGCCGGCAGCGAUGGAACCUUCCACUUCUGGGACAAAGACGCCAAACAUCGCCUAAAGGGAUAUCCCUCCGUAGGGGGGACCAUCUCCAGUACAGCAUUUAACCGCAAUGGCAAUAUAUUUGCCUACUCUGUGAGCUAUGAUUGGAGCAAAGGCUACUCGGCCAACACCCAACAGCUUCCCAAUAAAGUAAUGCUUCAUCCGGUUGCUCAGGAAGAGGUGAAGCCCAGGCCUGGUACCCGGAAGAGGUAAUAUUAUUUAUCCGGGGUACGAAGUUGGCGCAGUUGGGGGUUUGGUGUGGUCGACGUCAGCCUUGGGUUGAUAUCUUGCGAACUUUCAAGU